AUGAGCAGUACCCAUCCUCAGCUCCCAUCCCCACCCCAGUACCCAACCUCAGCUCCCAGCCCCACCCCAGCACCCAUCCUCAGCUCCCAGCCCCACCCCAGCACCCAUCCUCAGCUCCCAGCCCCACCCCAGCACUCAUCCCCAGCACCCAACCUCAGCUCCCAGCCCCACCCCAGCACCCAUCCUCAGCUCCCAGCCCCAUCCCGAGCACUCAUCCCCAGCACCCAACCUCAGCUCCCAGCCCCACCCCAGCACCCAUCCUCAGCUCCCAGCCCCAUCCCGAGCACUCAUCCCCAGCACCCAACCUCAGCUCCCAGCCCCAUCCCGAGCACUCAUCCCCAGCACCCAUCCUCAACUCCCAGCCCCAUCCCGAGCACUCAUCCCCAGCACCCAUCCUCAGCUCCCAGCCCCAUCAAGCACUCAUCCCCAGCACCCAUCCUCAGCUCCCAGCCCCAUCCCAAGCACUCAUCCCCAGCACCCAUCCUCAGCUCCCAGCCCCAUCCCAAGCACUCAUCCCCAGCACCCAUCCUCAACUCCCAGCCCCAUCCCGAGCACUCAUCCCCAGCACCCAUCCUCAACUCCCAGCCCCAUCCCGAGCACUCAUCCCCAGCACCCAUCCUCAGCUCCCAGCCCCAUCCCAAGCACUCAUCCCCAGCACCCAUCCUCAGCUCCCAGCCCCAUCCCAAGCACUCAUCCCCAGCACCCAUCCUCAGCUCCCAGCCCCAUCCCAAGCACUCAUCCCCAGCACCCAUCCUCAACUCCCAGCCCCAUCCCGAGCACUCAUCCCCAGCACCCAUCCUCAACUCCCAGCCCCAUCCCGAGCACUCAUCCCCAGCACCCAUCCUCAGCUCCCAGCCCCAUCCCGAGCACUCAUCCCCAGCACCCAUCCUCAGCUCCCAGCCCCAUCCCGAGCACUCAUCCCCAGCACCCAUCCUCAACUCCCAGCCCCAUCCCGAGCACUCAUCCCCAGCACCCAUCCUCAGCUCCCAGCCCCAGCCCCAUCCCAUGCACUCAUCCCCAGCACCCAUCCUCAGCUCCCAGCCCCAGCCGCAUCUCUAG